UCUUCAUGCAUCUUACACUUCCAUAUUCCAUUCUUUCCUUUCUCUAGCCCCUCCCUACCAAGGGAUUGCGGAUAAUGGCACUGCCACUUUACUACCUCCUCUUCCUCCUCCCUCUUCUAGCUCCCACCUGCACUUUCUCUUCACCAUAUCCAGACCCUGAACUCAUAGUCCAAGAAGUCAAUGAGAAAAUUGCUAAUGCAACAAUUGCAAGGAGGAAGUUGGGGUUCUUGUCAUGUGGCACAGGCAACCCAAUUGAUGAUUGCUGGAGGUGUGACCCCAAGUGGGAAAGCAACAGGCAGAGGCUAGCCGAUUGCGCGAUUGGGUUUGGAAAACAAGCCAUUGGCGGAAGGGAUGGCAAAAUCUAUGUGGUGACAGACACAGGGGAUGACCCUGUGAAUCCCAAGCCAGGGACCUUAAGAUAUGGGGCCAUACAAGAUGAACCAUUGUGGAUCAUUUUUGCCAGGGACAUGGUGAUCAAGCUCAAGGAAGAACUCAUAAUGAACUCAUUCAAGACCAUAGAUGGAAGAGGGGCUAGUGUACACAUUGCAGGUGGACCAUGCAUUACUAUCCAGUAUGUCACAAAUAUAAUCAUCCAUGGCUUGAACAUUCAUGACUGCCAGCAAGGAGGGAAUGCAAAUGUGAGGGACUCACCUGAGCAUUAUGGGUGGAGGACUCUGUCAGAUGGUGAUGGAGUUUCAAUUUUUGGGGGAAGCCAUGUCUGGGUAGAUCAUUGCUCUCUGUCAAACUGCAGGGAUGGGUUGGUAGAUGCCAUCCAUGGAUCAACAGCCAUUACCAUCUCCAACAACUACAUGACACACCACAACAAGGUUAUGCUCUUGGGACACAGUGACACUUUUAUUAAGGACAAGAGCAUGCAAGUCACCAUAGCCUUCAACCAUUUUGGGGAAGGCCUCAUUCAGAGAAUGCCAAGGUGUAGGCAUGGUUACUUUCAUGUGGUGAAUAAUGACUAUACACACUGGGAGAUGUAUGCAAUUGGAGGCAGUGCUGAUCCUACAAUCAACAGCCAAGGGAACAGAUUUCUAGCUCCGAAUGAUAGGUUCAACAAGGAAGUGACGAAACAUGAGGAUGCACCACAGAGUGAGUGGAAGAGCUGGAAUUGGAGGUCAGAAGGAGACCUGAUGCUGAAUGGUGCAUUCUUCACCAUGUCAGGUAGUGCAGGAGCAUCAUCUAGCUAUGCAAAAGCCUCCAGCCUCAGCGCUAGACCAUCCUCGCUCGUUGGCUCUUUGACUGGGGGAGCUGGUGCACUUACCUGCAAAAAAGGCAAAAGCUGCUAAUUAACCGAUUUGUAUAUAUAUAUAUAAAUUAGAGUGAUUAUAAAUAUAUGUACGUAGUAUAUAACUAUAAUCAAGAUGCAUAUGUUAAUACCUCCAAAGUUUCAAAUAAAAAAUCCUUCACCCAAAGAGAUGACAUUAAUGGCCUGAAUUAUCAA